AUGGCCCAACACGAGUCGCUGAAGCAGCAAGAUGAGAAUAUGGCCAAAUUGAUCAUUAGCGCUUUUCGUCGCUUAGACGACAAGGGAGGUGGCGUCUCCCCUCAUGAGAUCACUAAGUAUUUGCAGGAUAAAUUUGGUGAUAUAUGGAGUUCGUAUAACUUGACGAAGAGAGCGGAGGAAACGUUAAAGAGAAGUGCAGCUUUGGGGUUUCUAAACAAGCGAGGUGAUCGGUACUUGGAAAGCGUGGCCCGGGAAAUGUGCGGCCGCCGCAGGAGACGAUGCAGAUGUAGACGCCGCAGACGCAAGCGCUGCUGCCGGCGACGCAGGCGACGGCGUUGCGCCUGUGGAUAA